GAAGUGUUUUGCAGUGUGUUUUCCAGUUGUGCGUUGUUGUAUUCUCCUUACGCUCAUAGUUGUUCGCGUUGUAGUAUAGUUCGUUGAAUAAUUUAAUAUUGAGGUUAUUGUUCGUUAUGGAUGAUACAAUUGUAAGUUUGAAAUCACAGCUGUUGGAAAGAGAGCGAGAGAUUGCAACUUUAAAGAAGAAACUUGAUCAAAUUGAAAAGGGAAGCUCAACAUUACCAGAGUUACUGGAGAAAGUAACAAGUCUUGCACCACUGAGAUCAAACACAUCACUGAACAAUGAUGACAUCAUGAGAUACAGCAGGCAGCUCCUCCUGCCAGAACUGGGUGUUAAAGGCAGAUUUGCCAUUAGUAAUGUAUCUGGUCUUGGUGGAUGUGGAGGAUUAGGCUGCCCUCUUGCACAGUAUCUUGCUGCAGCUGGAAGAGGACGGUUGGGUUUGUUGGACUAUGAUGUGGUGGAACUGAGUAACCUGCACAGACAGGUGCUUUACACAGAACUUACUCAAGGUCAGCCGAAAGCAUUGUCUGCCGCUCAGGCCAUUAGCAGGAUGAACUCCACUGUACAGUGUGUUCCCUAUCAACUCCAGCUGUCCAGAGAGAAUGCCAUACAACUCAUCCAACAGUAUGACAUUGUGGCAGACUGUUCCGACAAUGUUCCCACACGGUACCUCGUGAAUGAUGCCUGUGUUCUGACCAGCAGGCCUUUAGUGUCAGCAAGUGCCUUACGGAUGGAAGGACAGCUCACGGUGUACAACUACAGAGGAGGCCAUGUUACCCGGUGUUUGUACCCCAUUCCUCCUACUCCUGAGACUGUCACUAACUGCUCUGAUGGGGGCGUUCUGGGAGUCGUGCCUGGAAUAAUGGGCUGCCUUCAAGCAUUGGAAGCUAAAAUUGCGUCCGGUCAAGAAUGCACAUUUACUCAGCAGCUGCUGAUGUUUGAUGGGGAGCAGACUCGUUUCCGCUCCAUUCGGCUGCGCUCCCGGCAGAAAGAGUGUGUGGUGGGCGAGAAACCCACCGUAACGGAGCUGCAGGACUAUGAGCACUUCUGUGUGGCUGCUACUGAUAAGUGUCGAAGGCUAAAUCUUCUAAGCAGAGAACAGAGAGUCUCUGUGCAGGAGUAUAAAGGCAUUCUGGACAAUUCAACUCCUCAUCUUCUCCGAGUUAGACCCAAAGUAGAGGUGGAUAUUUGCCGUCUGUCAAAACCACUCAACAUUCCACUUGCUAGUUUAGAGGAUAAAAGCCCUGAACAUAUCACACUUUUACAAGAGACCAUUAGUGAACUUAAAGAAAAUAUGAACAACCAAUCUCCAGUUCCAGUAUUUGUGGUGUGCAAACUUGGUAAUGACUCCCAGAAGGCGGUUCAGUUGCUGGAGAAAAUGUCUGGAGCAGAAGUUGAAGCUAUGACGGUGAAGGACAUCAGUGGAGGAUUGAUGGCAUGGGCUAAGAAGAUUGACUACUGUUUUCCCAAUACUGACCCUUAAUAAAACAUCUGUAUUGAUUUUAUAAAUAAAAAGCAAUGAAGUUUAA